CACGUUUCUGGCUAAAUCAUGCUCAUGGCCUUUCUUUAUGAGGCAACACAUGUACACUCAGCCUUUUGGCCAAAAAACAUGAACAAUCUACAGCCAACACUCAACUUUACUGCGAACAACAAAGACGCACAACGAGAACUCGGCUUCCGGGCCAAAGUCAAACGUGACCGGUCGCAGCUUUUACUUUGAAAUCCAUUAGAGGAAGUGGCAUCCUCGGCGGGCCUCUGAGUGCGGCUGCUGCGCGGAGUUGAGGUGGAAGUUUGUGUUUAGUUAGUCUCCGGAGCUGAGAGCGAUGAGCGGGCACACGGUCCCUGCAGACUUCUCAGAACACAUGCUGGACCUGGACGAGGACGAGGACCUGGAGGUUUUCACCAAGAAUACUUCCCUGCCAGAUGGAAGCCCCUUGCCCAACUCUCCCAGCUCCAUGGUCAACCAGUACAGACUGGAGGACGAUGAUGAGGGCAAAGAGGAUGCCAACACUAAGGACAUCUUUGUCACCGUCGACCACCCAGAGAGCCAAGUGACGGCGAUCGAGACGUUCAUCUUGUACAGAGUGGUGACCAGGACCACUCGGAGUGACUUUGACUCCAGUGAGUACGAGGUACGACGACGCUACCAGGAUUUUGUGUGGCUCCGUAGCAAACUAGAAGAAAAGCACCCCACACUAAUCGUCCACCCCCUCCCAGAGAAGUUUGUUAUGAAAGGCAUGGUGGAGCGCUUCAACGACGACUUCAUUGAGACGAGGAGGAGAGCUCUGCACCGCUUCCUCAACAAGAUAUCCGAGCAUCCCAUCCUGUCCUACAGCCAGCACUUCCAAGUCUUCCUCACUGCACAGGAUCUGGCACCUCACAGGAAACAGGGACCGGGCUUCUUGAGCAGGAUGGGGGAGACGGUGAGAGCAGUGGCCAACUCAGUCCGAGGCCUCAGAAGCCGGCCUGAGGAGUUCGCUGUGAUGCAGGAGUACGUGGACGACUUCAGUAACAAGAUGUGCUGCAUGGACAAAGUCAGCCAGAGGAUCGUCAAGGAACAAAGAGAGUAUGUGGACGACUUGAAGCAGUACAGCCCCACCUACGCCCGGUGGGGGGAGUUGGAGGAGGAGCUGACGGAGCCGUUGAAGGGCGUGGCCAGCUGUGUGGUGCAGUGCAGCAAGGAAGCAGAAGAGCACAUCCAGCAUCUGUCGGAGGUCCUGGUCCCUGCCCUGCACGAGUAUGUCCUCUGCGCUGAAACGCUCAAGGCUGUGAUGAGACGGAGAGACAACAUCCAGGCAGAGUUUGAGGCCAAGAACGAGGCUCUGCUGACCAGGAAAGCGGAGCAGGAAGCACUUCAGGAGGAGGUGGAUGUCCUGGCAGAUCGGAUGGAGCAGGCCAACAACAGCCUGAAGGGAGACUGGGUCCGCUGGCAGCACAGCAUGAAGACUGACCUCAGAUCAGCCUUCAUCUCUGCUGCAGAGAAGAACGUGGAGUACUACGAGAAGUGUCUGGCGGUGUGGGAGUCGUUCCUGGUGUCACAGAGAGCAGAGGCCAGCGGAGGCCAGGAAGACGUUGCUUAAAAUGUGGAGUUCAAAGGUCGACGCCGCCCCCAACCCCCACAUGACACACACCGCUCUCUCCAGCAAAACCUUCAGAUGUACGAAUGUACCACUGCCCACUGCUUUCUGUCUCUGCUCCUCUGACAGCAAACUGCUGAAUCCCAGUCUGACCAUUCCAACAUUACUAAAACCAGCACUGUAAUCCACACACAUGCACCAACCGUGUGAUUGGCACAGGUUCUCUGUGUCGUUGUUGUGCUGCACGUUCCCUACAGUGGCGGCCACAGCUAGCAGCUGGCUCCUGUGUCAGGUGACAAGGAUGCCCUCAGGUGUCCUUCGGUAACUCGUGGAUUUGGCAGCAGGAGGCGUUUUCACACAAAGCAGGGACGAUCAGGUAGAGCCUCAGAACAUCCUGCUCAGUGAUUUUGCCACAACAACAAAGUUGAAGUUUAAUUUGUAAUAAAUGGUACAUUGAUACUGAUUUCUACUUUAAUAUUUAAAGUUUAUAAUGAAAUUCUGAUGUUUAUUAGUCUUUAGUGAUGCAGUAGUUUUAGUAAGUUCUGAAUUGUAUAGAAGUGAUGGUAGACAACAACAGACACACGGCUCAUGAUGGUGACGAUGAGCCUGUGGCAGUCGUAUUUGCUACAUCAGCCCGACGUUGUUGUGCAGAUUCACCAAAGAGUCGUGUUUCCUCACAGCUGCUGCUGUCUGCACGUGUGCAGCAGCGUGUUUAAGCCAGACGGGCAUCUCGUACUGAAGCGACCAAAGGAUCUGUGAGCUGAAACGUAAUCAGUCAGUAAUUGAAAAGCAAAGCUGUUUUCAGGCUCCGUCUUUACUCACCUGCUUCUGUCCUGUUACUAUCAAUCAUUAAGAUGAGGAAAUGAUGGGUUUGCAGGAAACAUCCAUACAUAGCACUACAGUUUUACAGCCCUGUGUUAAAAUAAUAAUAAUGAUAAAGCGUCAGUCUUUUGGAGAUUAUAAACGUGAUGGUCUGAGUCAUGUGUCCAUGCUAAUGGUAACAAUAGUGAACCAGAGACAUAAAAGCACAGCUGCGAUGAACUCGUCAGUGACCGUCUACUUUUAUCAAGACGAGCUACUGAAAGUUGAAAAUCUGACUCCUUAUUGCCAACUUCGACUGCAGGUGGGGAGACAGCUCUCUGCCAAAGUUAUGCACCAAACAAAUGUCUCACAUUUCAUUAACAAACCUCACGUGUGAUGCAAGUUGAAUCAGAUGCAUGUGAGCUGCAGACAACACUGCUGGAGACGUCUGGAAGCUUUAGUCAAGUUUACUCAUCUGCACUACAGCAGCCCCGUUCCAGCUGUUCCACCCACCGUUUCAUACUGUGGACCUUCUGCUCACUGCUUUUAUCAUUGUGAAAAAUAAUAUGUAAUAACACGAUUUGAGAUACUGACAAUAAAGACUGAUGUGACGCUA